AUGAAACCAACAUCAGUACUCAUUUUGUUCUUCUUAUCCCAAACAACUGCAUUUGAUGUUAUUCGAGAAGCAUUCAAUACUGAGACUCUUUAUAUAGAAAACGCGUAUGAAGAGAAAUUGUUCAAAGUGAAAGCCAAAAAUGCAGAUGCUGUCUGGAAUAACUUGGCUAUUAAGGAAACAUUUGAACGAGCGCAUUUCACAGAGUUUCCGUCACUUAAUGUCUUCAUAGCAAAUAUGUUCCGAAAACAAUGUGAAACUGAGAAUGUUACAACUGAAGAAAAAGGGAAAUUUUUGGAGCUUAUCCAAGACACUAUGUUUGGUCAGAAGAAUUCUGAGUGUGAGUAUACGGAAUGCUUAGGCGCUCUAGCAGUCGACCGAAAUUGCACUCGAGCUUCUGAACUGUUGGAAUCCAAACUACUGUAUAGAUCAUUCGAUAAUUUCACAGUUCCUUUGGAACGCAUUUUCAUCAGGACUAAACGUAACUUAGAAGGUAUCAAUGCUAUUCUUGAUGAUGAUCUGAGAGAAGGUGUCUCCAACGUCAAGAACAUUGUUGAAACAAUGAAGAAAAAGCUUUUGACAUGGAUUCAACAAACACCUUGGGUGAUAAAUAACGAGGCUAUCGAAAGUAUUAUGGCCGAGGCUGAGCAGGUUCAUCAUUAUGACAACUUUGCAAAAACACUCCGUUACAAUUUAAACAUAUUGCUGAAACUAGAGCAAUCAUAUUUGAAAUGUAUCAGAGAUUUGGACGACACCGAGGAUUUCAGAGUGUUCUGCGUGCUUGCUGCAACAAGCCAUCUUGAUUAUCGCAAAUUACGUACAGACUUCUUCAUGUAUUACAACGCUAUGAACGGACACCCUAAUCUUUACUUCUCGCAUCUUUUCUAUGAUAUGGCAAAGAACGUUGAAUCACCUGCAGCCCUGCUAGGGAGUGUUGGAUUUAUCGCUGGACACGAACUCAGUCAUUCCUUGAUUGAAGACGCCAAUCAGCCUGAACUUAUUCCAUAUUUCUCGAAUGACUCUAUGCAAUGCAUUCAGAAUCAAUACCAGACAACUUGUGACAGCUUCAAAGAAACAUCUUGCGGAGCCAAUGACAACCAAAUUGAUGAAAACGGGUCAGACAUUCUUGGUAUCCAGUUGGCAUACAGUUUGUUUGAGGACAUUUAUUCAGAAAAAAAGAAGGAUGAAUAUAUCCGACUACGUCACAAUAAUACAAUUACAAAUGAGCAAUUGUUUUUCUAUUCGCACGCUUUCGUUUUUUGCCAUGGAGACCCUGGAGAACAAGAUGAAGAGAAUCCACACUCUCCGAUGAACAUCAGAGUUAAUGCUGUCGUUCAGCAUCCCGGCUUCAGGGAUGCUUUCAAUUGUGAUGCAGAUUCUCCCAUGGUUCAAUCAUUUAAUGAUCAGUGUGUCAUCUUCGGUGAGAAUGCUCCAGAGACUAGGAAGAAGUAA